CACUUGGAUCAGAACAGAAGAACGUAAGACCUCUGCUGGGUCAAGCCAGUGGCCCAUCUAGUCCAGCAGCAUAUUCUCACAGUGGCCAGCCAGAUGCCUGAGGGAAACCCUCAAUACAGGAUCCGAGCACAAGAGUACUCUCCACCCCUCUGCCACUGCCCCAGUCUCCAGCAACUGGUAUUCAGAAGCAUUACUCCCACUGACUGUGGAGACAAAGCACAGACAUUGUGACUAGGAGCCAUCAGUAGCCCUUAUAUAGACUAGGAAGAGGCAAGUGACGGAAUAAAACAGAUUUAUGAAAGAUCAAAUGAAAAAACACUAAAUGAGGGCUUCAAGAUGCCUUUGACUACAUAAGCUUAUUGUUUCAAAUGUCCGAGUAUCUUAUCUGUCCCUUUAUUACAGCUCUAACCAGGCCAUUAUUCUAUUCUUAUGCCACUCAUCUAACCAACCCUGCUUCACAUCCACCCCCAGCUCUUCCCUCUCUGAUCUCCAGGCUCUAACUGACUCUCAACCGACUCCCUCCCAGCAUUCAAACCACUUUUCAAAUGCCGGCUCAGCCAAUCAUCACUCACCACUAACAGUCCACCUCCCCUUUCCUAUUGAACAUUACCUUACAUCUUCUAAUAUACCCACCUAUUUAUGCAAUGUCAUCUCAAUUACUAAUACAGGUGGACAUGCAUUAUUCUAUACGAAUGAGCCAGGAGGCCUGGUGAGGAGUCUGCUUUGAGCCUUGGAUCAGCUGAAAGUACAGACACUGGUCUUCCUUGGCUCACUUGAAAGUGCAGACAUCAGCAUUUGGAUCCACUGAAAGCGUAGACAUCUGUGUUCCUCAGUACAGUUGAAAGUGCAGGCAAUUUGUCGUUUCCCAUUGCACAAUGGGGGGCUGUUUGUCCUCUUUUCACAGAAGGAACAUCGAGACCCCAAACUUGUGGUCCACCUCAGACCCCUCCCUCCCCUCCUUGCUGGGGGACGACCUCUUCUAUGUGUCAGACCUAAGCUCACAGAAGUGGAAAGACACUGUCGGCCGCCAUGUUGCGUCUUCCCUGCCAGAGCAAGAGGUUGAUCACCAGGAAGCCAUCAAUGAGCUGUUUGUGACAGAAGCCUCUCACCUGCGGCUUUUGCGUGUCCUGACUGUCUUCUUCUAUCAGCGCAUGUUUAGGGAGAAACUUCUUUCGCAGGAGGAGCUGGCCCUCCUCUUCCCCAACCUCCCAGAGCUGCUGAAGAUUCACAGUUCUCUGUCAGAAUCGAUGAAAACACUUCAAGAACAAGGGCCCAUCAUCCAUGAAAUUGGGCACUUCAUGCUUUCCCAGUUUGGUGGGCCUGCACGUGAAGAGAUCCAACAGGCAGUCUCUGACUUCUGCGUGAACCAGUCCAAGGCCCUGGAGCUGAUCGAGACCAAGCUGCAGAAGGACACUCGAUUCCGGCUCAUCAUUCAGGAAGCAGAGAGCAACUACCAGUGCCGCCACCAUCAACUGAAAGAUCUCAUCCUCUCCGAAAUGCAGCAGCUGACAAACUACCCUUUGCUGCUGGAUAAUAUUAUCAAACACACUGAUGGGCAGUCUUCAGAGCACCAGAAGCUGUGCCAGGCUCGGGACCAGUGCCGGGAAAUCCUUCAGUGUGUGAAAGAGAUUGUGAAGAAGGCCGAAAACCAUCAUCGCCUGGAGACCUAUCAGAUGUGUUUGGACACCACCGCACUGCAGUGGACCACCAACGCACUGGCAGCGGAGUUCAAGAAUAUUGACCUCCGGAAUCAUUGCCUGAUCCACGAGGGCCCCUUGCGCUGGCGCCUGCGCAAAGACAAGACUGUGGACUUGCAUGUGUUGCUGCUGGAAAAUCUCCUGCUGCUCCUGCAGAGGAAGGAUGAGAGACUCGUUCUCAAGUGCCACAGGAAAAGGGUGUGGGGCUCCUCAGGCACUUGGAUCAGCCCCGUCCUCAAGCUGAAUGUGGUGCUGAUCCGCUCCGUGGCCACAGAUCCGCGAGCUAUCUUUGUCAUUUGCACAUCAGAAUUGGUACCCCAUCUGUAUGAGCUCGUUGCCGCAACACCUUCAGAAAAGAAUAUGUGGAUGGAACUUCUGGAAGAGGCAGUAAGGCGCGCCAAGGGAAAUGCCACCUUGCCCUCAGGGAGUCUGAGAUAAUAUUAACUUCACAUGUAAUAAAUUAAAACCACAG